AUGCAGCAUGGCUUUGCCUCUGUCCCAAGGCUCAAGUGCCUGCUAAACCUGCCGCUCAUUGGGCAGAUUGUCUCCUCUGUUACUGCCUCUUUAAGAUUUAAUGGUGCCUUGAACGUUGACCUGAUUGAAUUCCAGACCAACCUGGUGCCCUACCCACAGAUACACUUCCCCCUCACCACCUAUGCACCCAUCAUCUCGGCAGAGAAAGCCUACCACGAGCAGCUGUCAGUGCCGGAGAUCACCAAUGCUUGCUUUGAGUUCUCCAACCAGAUGGUGAAAUGUGACCCACGGCGUGGCAAGUACAUGGCGUGCUGCCUGCUGUACCGGGGUGAUGUGGUGCCCAAGGAUGUGAACGCGGCCAUUGCGGCCAUCAAAACCUGCCGCUCCAUCCAGUUUGUGGACUGGUGCCCCACGGGCUUCAAGGUGGGCAUCAACUAUCAGCCCCCAACGGUGGUGCCUGGGGGGGACCUGGCCAAGGUGCAGCGGGCUGUGUGCAUGCUGAGCAACACCACGGCCAUCGCCGAGGCCUGGGCACGCCUGGACCACAAAUUUGACCUGAUGUACGCCAAGCGAGCCUUUGUGCACUGGUAUGUGGGUGAAGGCAUGGAGGAGGGGGAGUUCUCGGAGGCCAGGGAGGACCUGGCUGCCCUGGAGAAGGAUUAUGAGGAGGUUGGAAGGAACUCAGCAGAUGGGGGGGAGUUUGAGGAAUAACUCCACUUAUGGGAAGGCAGCUUGGGUUGUGGAUAGCUUUUGUAUCUUUGUCUUCUAUAGGAGCUGGAAGGGAGUUAGGGGCUGGAUUUGAUGCAGUGUGACUGGCAAACUCCACAGAUUGGCCAGAAGCAACUCUUUGCUAUGCAUGAAUUUGAAUAAAUGGUGACCAGGAAAAAAGAAUUUUCUCUUAUUGAAGUACGACCAAAUUUUGCUCAUUGUUGGAUGGGGGGGUGCUCUGGUGCCUUUGCUUCUGCAGCCCUACCCGUGGGGCUUUUGCACUUGUAGGUGCUGGGGUGGGCUUGCCAGCUGCUCUUCUAAAAUGCACCUUGAGAUGGUGACCCCACUUGGGCUCUGUUUUCUCCCUGUUCCAAAAUGCAGCUGGCUCUGUUUUUCCAGGCUGCUCUCCCCUCUGAGGUGCAGCCGGGGCUGGGAUCAGGUUUCUCUAGUCCCCCACCACCACACAGAGCCCUGCUAAAGCAAUCCGUGUCUGGCUGCCAAGGCUGGGCUUGCCUGGAAGUCUCAUUGCAGUCUGGAGAUGAAAAUUCAAAUACUCUGCUGUCUGUCAGACCUCUCUGGGGGUGUUUGACCUGUGUCUAGCUCAUUCCACGCAUUAAAUCAAGAAGCCGGGUGAGGGUUGCCCACCUUGCACUAUAGAAGAAUCUCUGCAAGCACCUAAUUAGUUGGAAAAAUUGAUUUUUUUAACUUGAUCUUUGGUCUGGAGCAGGUUAUGACACCACUGGGAGUCUCCUCUCAGUAAGUGAUCCAGCAAAAAGAACUGGCUGUGAUGCAGUGGGGAAGCUGGAUCUGUAGUCAGGCUGUAAUUGAAGGGCUGACAGCGCUGGCUCUGGAUUGCACUGGAGGAAAGCUUAAACAACCUGAGAUGAUGGGGAGAGUUCUUAUUAAAACGUGUCUCAGCUUGCCAUUACACAGCUGGGCUCAAAGGAAUGGCAGCGUCCCAAGGUCAACAAGUAAAGGAGCUCCUAGGGGCUGUCUCACCUCUGGCUGCCCUCAGCCUGGGGGGGCAAAGCUGCUUGGGUUGGCAGUGCCAUGAUUGUAGAGAACUGGUAUAUGGCUCUUACCUGCACGAGGGGUGGAGGAGAAGUCUGCCUAUCAGUCAAGGGAGGAGUCAGUGGUAAAGCUCUAUGCACUCUGCUGUAGGACACUGAGGAACAAACUUGGCCCCUAACCCCACAGUCUACCCUUAUUAGUUAACAAAUGAGCUGGAGCCAUGCACUGGAAAUCCCAGACCUGAGGGCUCUGUGUGUUGCAUUCCAAAGGACUCUUAUUAUUAUUAUUAUUAUUUUUAAUGAUCAGCACUGCUAUCUCAGUGCACAAAUAGGGAAAAUGAAAGAGACACUGAACAACACAGUGUGCAUUGCUCUUGGGAGAGAGUCUGUAGGAUGCAUUGCUCAUGGAGGGGACAAAGUGCCUCCUACAAUCAUCAACAAAGGAUGCUACUUCCCCAAAAAUCACAGUACUGCAAGGAAAAUCCUUCCCUCCUUCACUGUGUUCAUGGGAUGGCUGCAGCAGGGCCACACUGACAGAUGUGCCCAAGUUGUUGACUUCAUUAAUAAAUAACCUCUUCAAUGACAUCAGCACUGGCAUUGGGUUGAUUGCUUUCUUAGGUGCAGGAGUGUGGCUGUGUUCCUUCCCCGGCUCAUAGCUCCAGGCAGGAGCGGUGUUCAACCAAGUCCACACCAACAUAAUUAUUUUUUGAGGGGGAAUUUAACUAGCAGCUUCAAACCCUGCUGUUUAUAGACAGUGGAGCCAUUAGGGAAAGGUGGUAGCCCUUGAGACCAAGUUUGGAAACCUCAGCACCUGCGGGCAUGGAGUUCAUUGAGUUGCCCAGCUCUGGGGAUCCAUUGCCAUACAAGAGCUGGAGAUGGAUGAGAAGUCAUCUUUAGCUUAGUGAAUCUCACAAUGGUGAUUUGAGUACAGAAGCUUCAGUCCAAAGGAACACUUCCUAAGGUUCCAUUUACUACCCAUUCAUGCUGUCAGCUGCCAGAUUUUAGGCUCACUACAGCCAACAGAGUGCUCUAGUACCUUCCAAUGCAAUUUCCCAAGCAUGGCAACUAUCCCUGGGUGUUCACACUGCAUCACUUUGAGGAAUGCGAUGAGGCAGAAUAGCUAUAGGACACAAAAAGAACUUGGAGAAGUCUGGCUCCACUUUAAGACAGCUCCCAGCUUUAAAAUAAGGAUGGACCUCAGGCUGCAGUAGGUAAUAAACAUCAAGCCUAAAGCAGCCCACCAUGAGCAGGGCACUUACAGACACAGUUCAGCAUGGAGAAAGCCAUUCUUUCCUCACAGAGGUUUAUAAACACUCUUUCUUCAUAUCUUAUCAGAGGGACACUUCAUUGCCUUUUCUCCUGAGCCACCUGAACCCAAAAUCCCAGGGCAAACUCUGACCUCAACCAUGUGAGGUUGGUUUCAUGCUCACACCAACAGGCUAAUGGAAUACCCAAGUGACACCCUAGCCCCAACGAGAAGGACUUGUUCAGGCUCCCAGCAAGCUGCACUAGAGAUGAGAACGUGGCAAACCCCCCCCCCAGAACAGCACUCUACAUAGGCACCACUGGGACACUGGUCAAACCGGAGUUUUUGUGCCUUCUCCCAGACACACGCUUUCUCUAAGAUGAUUAAAGCAACAUCCAGCUCCAACCAGGCAAACUCCUGCAGGAUAUAGGACGUUUCCCAUAGCAAUAACUACCAUCAGUAAUAUUCAGUGUACUCAGACCA